AUGGAAAUGCAGUCUUUGGGCAAGGCAUUCAGGUCUGAGCAGACUCCCAAAAUUAACGGAGGCAGCACAAGACAGCAAUCUGCAAGGCCAAAGAGAAAUGCUCCCAGGCCAGUUGUGAUUAGUCUGGAUGUUACCGACUCGAGUGAGGAAGACAGUUUAAGUGACUAUGCACCUUCUCCAAGUCCAGAAGCCCCAAAAGAAGAUGAGCAGCCUCUUUUUACACCUAGCCCUCCUCGAGAGAAGCAAGUUAGCCGAGGCAUUAUGUCAGAUUCCGAUUCUGAACCUGAAUCUGACUGCGAGGAGGUGGUUCCAGUUGAGGUUACAUCUGGUACAAAGAAACGAAAGAUAGAUCAUUCACCUGACAACUCUUAUGAUGAUCCCAGUGACGACCUUUUUGCUAUUGAUUUUAACUCUUGCCGUAGUAAUGCCAAGAAGGAUGCCAUGAAGGAAAUGAAUGAAAUUAUGACCGUUGAAAAAGAACGCGACAAGGAGAAACUGAAGAAAGACGUCGAAAGCUCAGAGCUAGCAGAUCUGUCCGAUUUGGUCGAUGAAAGGAGCCGUGCUGAGGACGAGGUCAUUGUGAUUGGGGAACCUGGCAGUCCUGAGAUGUUGGAUGAGUUGUCUCCUUCCUUGCCAAAAUUUAAAGGGAGAAAACGAAAUAUGCUCAAGAGAAACCGGGAAACACAGAAGGCCAUAAAAAAGCUUGAGGCUUUAGCAAAUAUGGCAAAAAAAGAGAACGAUGACAGCAUGAACCAGAGCGGCAUGAGCGAUAUUUUGGUAGUGAGUGACGACGAGAGCGACAACAUAAAUACAGAAAUAAAUCUGCGUGUACGAUGGGGGACUGAAUAUCUCCGUAUACCCAUUAAAACGACGCAGAAGUUUUCUCACAUAUACCAGACACUUGCAGAAAGAUUUAAUGUUGGUGUCGGUCAGAUACUCCUCAGUCUCAACGACAAGAUCAUAAAUCCCGAGGUUUACCCAAAAGAGCUGGGACUUAAAGUUGCAGACAUAAUAGAGGGUGGAAUCCAGUCAAAAGACUAUUCCAAAGAAGCAGAAUCUUCAGAGAACAACGACCCAGGAAGUAUUCGACUUAAAGUACAAAAUGCAGAUAAAAAGGGACUUGUUCACAUAUACAUAAAUCGAUACGAUAAAAUGCAAUUGCUAAUGGAAAAAUACGCAAAAGAAAAGAAAGUCGAUGUUAGUACUCUAAGGUUCCACUUUGAUGGUGAGAAGCUAGAUCCCAGUGACACACCAGAUAACUUAGAUUUGGAUGGAGAUGAAUGCAUUGAUGUUUAUCAUAGUUAGUUUAUAUUUUAGUGUUAUUUUCAUGAUAUGCUAAUAGAAUUCCAUGUUUGGAGAAGUUUGAAUAAAUUUUUAUAUGUAUUUA